AUGGGAAAACACAUGGCAAUGGCUAAAAUUUGCCCUGUUUUCUUGAAAGAGAAACGAAUUAGAGAACUCAUGGCAGAAUUUAACUGUUCCUACAAAAAAGCCCUUAUGCUGUAUGUCCCGCCUUCACCUCGACCACCGAAUAUGAAAAAUGACCCACCUCUACUUACACAACCUAUAUAUGAAAAUGAAUCAUCACAACAAGAUAAACAGAUUCUCGAGCCUAGUGAUGUGUAUACCUACGCUAGUGUUACGAAAACACCCCCGGAAGAAACGAGAAAAAGCUCUAAGUCAGAGAAACGACGGAAUAGAAGAAGGGCCCUCAAAGAACAGGAACAAAAUAUACCUGAAUUUUUUACCGAAGUUAGUGAAGAAGAAAGCAGAAUGGACGACAAGCUAAGUGAUGAGAAUCGAUCGAAAAAUAAAGAACAAUUGUCUUGGAAAUUAUUUUUUAAAAAAUUAAAAGAGAAGACAUUUAAAAAGAAAGUAGUUCGUGGGAAGACAGGAUAA